GUUCCCGAGAACUACUUCCGGGGGUCAUUGCCGUGCAUCGUUUUUCCCUGAGCUGUUCUAUUUUCAGUUUCAACUUUUAUACAUAUUUGCUUGUUUACCAACACAAUGUCCCGAGGGUCGAGUGCAGGAUUUGACCGACAUAUUACCAUAUUCUCUCCAGAGGGCAGACUCUACCAAGUCGAAUAUGCAUUCAAGGCUAUCAAUCAAGGUGGCCUUACCUCAUUAGCUAUCCGAGGACAAGACUGUGCAGUUGUCGUCACACAGAAGAAAGUUCCAGACAAGCUUCUUGAUGCCUCCACAGUCACACACCUAUUCAAAAUCACAGAAAACAUUGGCUGUGUCAUGUCUGGAAUGAUGGCUGACAGCAAGUCUCAAGUCCAGAGAGCUCGCUAUGAAGCAGCCAACUGGAAGUACAAGUAUGGCUAUGAGAUUCCAGUGGACAUGCUGUGUAAGAGGAUGGCUGACAUCUCUCAGGUGUACACACAGAAUGCUGAGAUGAGACCUCUGGGUUGCUGCAUGAUAGUGAUUGGUGUGGACGAGGAGUGUGGUCCCCAGGUGUAUAAGUGUGACCCUGCAGGAUACUACUGUGGCUUCAAGGCCACUGCUGCUGGGGUCAAACAGACAGAGGCCACCACCUUCCUGGAGAAAAAGGUCAAAAAGAAACUGGACUGGACCUUUGCGCAAACAAUCGAGACUGCGAUAACUUGUUUGUCUACGGUACUGUCCAUUGACUUCAAGCCCUCCGAGCUAGAGAUCGGUGUCAUUACAACGGAAGACCCUAAAUUCAGGAUCCUGACAGAGACCGAGAUCGAUGUCCACCUUGUGUCCCUGUCAGAGCGAGAUUGAGUGUUUCCGAGUGUUUCCAUGUGUUCCAGUCUAAAGGGGAGACUAGAAAUAUGACAGAACACUACCACUGAUCUUCAGAACGAAAGCCCUGACUUCUUUUUUGCUGUACAUUUACGCUGUUCAAUUAAAGAGAAUGUUUUCGAGAAACUCAAA